UUAAAAAGACACAAACUAACGUGAAACAACAUAUUAUGAAUAAAUAAAACCUUUCUCCCUGUCUCUUGUCUCUCUCUAACAAAGCGUACUGCGUACUGAUGCAAAAAAGUGAGGAAUGGUGCUUUAUGUUGUGUGAGUGAGAAGUGAGGACCAUCUCAUCCCAUACCCGAUAUCCAUAUUCCAGCCCCAAAGCAAAAGCAAAGGAUAAAUCAAGAGUAGUAGCACUGAGUUUCUUCUGUACACAAGCUAGCUGCUUCUGUUUCCAACUCAGAAACUCAAAAUCUCAGACAUCAAUCAGAAUCUCUCCACAAACAAACGUUAUUUAUCCACAUGGGACACUGUUUCAGCAAACCCCGCAGCAACGAAAUAGCAAUCAACUAUGAUUCACCGCCCCAUCAUCGUUAUCAGCCUCGUGCACACCCACCACCACGAAGAACCCAACAACAACACCAAAACCAACCUCAUCUUCGACCUCGUUAUCCCUACUCUGCUCCAAACUCCGACCCUUCUCUUUCCAUCGCUCCUUCAUCAUCAUUCUCUGAUCAGUCACGAAUUCUGGAUAAACCGUACUUCGACAUCAGCGCCCUUUACGUUCUGGAGAGGGAACUGGGGAGGGGUCAAUUCGGGAUCACUCGUCUUUGCACCGAGAAGACCACCGGAAGGAAGUAUGCCUGCAAGUCCAUUCCAAAGCGGAGGCUAACCAAAAAGAAGCAAAUUGAAGAUGUCAAGAGGGAAAUUCUGAUCCUGCAGCACCUCUCUGGUCAACCCAACAUCGUUGAGUUCAAGGGUGCUUACGAGGAUUGGCAGAAUGUGCAUUUGGUGAUGGAGUUGUGUUUGGGUGGCGAGCUUUUCGAUCGCAUCACUGCAAAGGGUAGUUACUCCGAGAGUGAAGCUGCUUCCAUAUUCAGACAAAUCGUGAAUGUGGUUCAUGCAUGUCACUUUAUGGGAGUCAUGCAUAGAGACCUUAAGCCAGAAAAUUUCUUGCUUGCUAAUAAGGAUCCCAAGGCACCGUUGAAAGCCAUCGAUUUUGGAUUGUCCGUCUUCAUUGAAGAAGGAAGAGUGUAUAAGGAGAUUGUUGGAAGUGCAUACUAUGUGGCUCCGGAGGUGUUAAGGAGGAGUUAUGGAAAAGAAAUAGAUGUGUGGAGUGCAGGAAUAAUUUUAUACAUCCUUCUAAGUGGAGUGCCUCCAUUUUGGGCUGAAACGGAGAAGGGAAUAUUUGAUGCAAUUUUGGAAGGCAAGCUUGAUCUGGAGAGCGCACCAUGGCCUUCUAUUUCAACUGCUGCAAAGGAUCUGAUCAGAAAAAUGUUGAAACAUGACCCUAGGAAACGCAUUACAGCUGCCGAAGCCCUUGAACACCCGUGGAUGAAGGAGGGCGGUGAAGCGUCUGACAAACCUAUAGACAAUGCUGUUUUAACUAGGAUGAAACAGUUCAGAGCAAUGAACAAGAUGAAGAAACUUGCUCUAAAGGUUAUAGCAGAAAACCUUUCAGAGGAGGAAAUCAAGGGCUUGAAACAAAUGUUCAACAAUAUGGACACUGAUCGCAGUGGCACAAUCACAUACGAAGAACUCAAAUCUGGAUUGACCAAAUUGGGUUCCAAGCUUAGUGAACAUGAAAUAAAGCAGCUAAUGGAAGCUGCUGAUGUUGACAAGAGUGGAACUAUUGACUAUCAAGAAUUCAUCACUGCCACUAUAAACCGGCAUAAACUGGAGAAGGAAGAGAAUCUGUAUAAGGCUUUUCAAUACUUUGACAAGGACAACAGUGGAGAUAUAACAGAGAAGAAGCUUAGACAAGCAUUGACUGAAUAUCAGAUGGGAGAUGAGGCAAAAGAUGAAGUGAUCGAUGAUGUGGAUACUGAUAACGAUGGGAAAAUAAAUUACCAGGAGUUUGUGGCAAUGAUGAGAAAGGGGAUUCUGGAUAUUGAUGAGAAGGAGAAACCACGAUAACUGUUUUGUGUUGUGCUGUGUGCCAUCAAAACAAACCGGUUUCUGGAUUUUUCUUGCUGUUUGCUGCUUGCUGCUGUGAUUGAAUCACCUUUGAAUGUGUGUAUUUUCUUCAUGGCAUUCCCACUCUAUGCCAAACUUUGUAAAGCUUCUAUUGAAUAAACUGCAAUAUGUGCAAAA